CUUAUUUUAAAACCAAACGACCGUAAUACUUAUAUAUCCGCCCAUCACCGUGUCUUGCCCAUCCCUCAGUAUCAUAUAAUUCUCUCGAGCAAAAAUCAAAAUCCGGCAUCCGCGUGCCCAAAAUGGCAGCAAUAUCAGCGAAGGUUGUCCAACAUAACCUGGUAGCAAAGUGCUGCCAGCAGGAUAGUGAAUUGAGCACAAAAUACCGACUGCACUAUUGUACCCUUAGUAGGCGCAGCUUGCUUCCCCCUGUAGGAGGGAAGUUGGCAUGGAAUGGCAACUCCACCAUGCAACUGGGUGCUUUAUCAAAAUUUAAGCAAGGAAUUGUUUAUUGCAAUGCUGCCUCAUCAUCCACUGCAAUUCCAUCUGUUGAGAAAAGCGACUUUCUUAAGCUUCAGAAUGGAAGUGAUAUACGCGGAGUAGCUAUUGAUGGAGUUGAGGGAGAACCUCUUACUCUCACAGAGCCAGUUACAGAAGCCAUAGCAGCAGGUUUUGCUGGUUGGUUGCUGGCAAAAAAGAAAUAUGUUUCAUCUAAACGUUUAAGAGUCUCCAUCGGUCAUGACUCACGAAUUUCUGCACAGAAGUUACAGGUUGGCAUCCACUCCAGCCAUGUUCAAUAGCACUCUUACAGUAAAUGAUGAAUUUUCCUGUCCAGUGGAUGGUUCCAUAAUGGUAACAGUUUGUUUGCCAACAGCAAGCCAUCUUCCCUACAACAGGAAUGGUUUCAAGUUCUUUACAAGUGUGGGAGGGCUUGGGAAACCCGAGAUCAAAGAUAUCUUGGAGCGAGCUGCUGAUAUAUACAAAAAUAUUUCAAGUGAUGAUUCUAAGGGGGCGGAAAAAGCUGCUCUCUAUGUGAAACGAGUGGAUUACAUGUCUGUUUACGCAUCUAAUCUUGUAGCAGCAGUACGCAAAGCUGCAGGGAAUAUAGAAAAGCCACUGGAGGGAUUCCAUAUCGUUGUUGAUGCAGGGAAUGGAGCAGGUGGAUUCUUUGUGGAUAAGGUGCUUGAGCCGCUGGGUACUAUUACUUCUGGCAGUCAGUUUUUGGAGCCAGAUGGUUUAUUUCCCAAUCAUAUACCUAACCCAGAGGAUAAGACAGCCAUGAAAGCUAUCACCAAGGCGGUACUACACAACAGGGCUGAUUUGGGAAUCAUUUUUGAUACAGAUGUUGACAGAUCUGCGGCUGUGGAUUUGAGUGGUCGUGAAUUUAACCGAAACCGUUUGAUUGCUUUAAUGUCCGCAAUUAUUUUGGAGGAACAUCCUGGAACCACUAUUGUCACAGACAGUGUAACAUCAGAUGGGCUGACAACAUUUAUUGAAAAAAAACUAGGAGGGAAGCAUCACAGGUUCAAAAGAGGAUACAAGAAUGUAAUUGACGAGGCUAUUCGUCUGAACUCUGUCGGUGAAGAAGCACAUUUGGCUAUUGAAACUAGUGGCCAUGGAGCUCUCAAGGAGAAUCAUUGGCUUGACGAUGGUGCAUACCUUAUGGUGAAGUUACUGAAUAAGCUUGCAUCGGCUAGAACAUCAGGAGUAGGCGGCAGCAGCAAAGUCUUGACUGACAUGGUGGAGGGUCUUGAAGAACCAACUGUUGAUGUUGAACUUAGACUAAAGAUUGAUCAGAACCACUCAGAUCUUAAAGGAGGAUCCUUCCGUGAUUAUGGUGAAGCAGUGUUAAAGCAACUUGAGAAUACAGUUGAGUCGAAUGCUAAGCUUCUGAAAGCACCUGUUAAUUAUGAAGGGAUUAGAGUUUCUGGUUAUGGAGGGUGGUUCCUUCUAAGACUCUCGCUGCAUGACCCUGUUCUACCCCUUAAUAUUGAGUCAUUUUAGGCAUCAAGCAACGAGGAUGCUGUAAAACUUGCGCAUGAUGUGCUUAAUGCUGUAAAAGAGUUCACUGCUCUUGAUACAUCCGCCUUAAUCAAGUUUGUUGGAGUGUGAGUGUGCAUUGAGUUCAUCUGUUGUCCAGACGAUCAUCAAAAUUUGGACACUAAAACUCAAUGCCGCUAACAUGUUGGAUCUGUGAAAAUUUGGAACCUAUAGCAUUGGAAAGGCUUUUCAAAGAAAAGACAAAAAAUCAAAAACAAAUCAAGAGCUGUAUGUAAUAAAGUUGAAAAUCUCUCUGUGCAGAGAAAAAUAUGAGUUAUACCUACCAGAAGAAAUUGUGAUUACUUCGUUUACGGUAGUAGUUUUGGUGCAUCGUUUACUUCAAGAAGCGCUUUCUGCCGGUGCGUUUGGUCCUACCAUUUUCUUUAGUCGAGAAACAUGAAAUGCUUUGUGAAUUUGCGGUCUUGUUGGUAGCUAAAGCUAUUUGCAACAACACCAAUACCCAGUAGCACCUUUUAAUGUCUCCAAUCUAUAGCUAUCCUUUUUUUUGCUUGUUA